UUUUAUCCCUUUGUGACCGCAGCGGGCUGCCGUAGUCAGGCAAUCGCUGGUAGCACACCGACGGUAACCGACCGUACCUUCACGAACAGGUGAAAGUAGUCUUUAGCAAGUUUUCUCGUGAACACUACCUCUUGGAAACAAGUCAGCGAGUGAUUUAAGAAGAGAGGAUCAACGUAGUUUCUUUCUUUCGCUAUGGCAUCGUCUGCAAUGAUCACCGUCCCCACCACCGCCUCCCGCUUCGCCCUGCUCCAGAUAGACUCGGACUCGGAGUCCGACGCCUCCGAUGCGGGGAAGACGAGCACCAAAGGCGGACGGGACUCCACCGGGAAGCCCCGACAGGGGAAGGCAGGAGGAGCCGGGGGCAAAGGGGGUCAGUGCGGAGACAAGAAGAAAGACAAGAAGAAGAAGAAGAAGGAGCAGCAGCAGACUGAGGCAAACGAGUUACGUAAUCUGGCCUUCAAGAAGAUCCCUCAGAAGUCGUGUGCCCCACCUCCCUGCAUGACCCUGUCAGGCAUAGCCAAUGAACUUCUCACUCCUGCAUCAGGGGACCACAGUUUACCUUCAGAGGGCUGGCAGCAAUGGAAGCAGAGGGAUGAGCAGAUAACUACUGAACUAUACGAGGCUGACCUGGAAAAGGCCUUGAUUCUGAGUAAACUGGAGUACGAACAACACAAACAGCACAACAACACAAACACGUCCUCGCCAAAGUCGCGAGGGGUAAAAGAGGGCGGAGGGAAGAAAGACAAAAAGAAAAAUCAGCAGGCGAAAGAGAAAAAGACCGUCUCACUGCAAGACUUCCAGGCUGAAGGCAGUGCAGAACAUUCGAGUCGGAAGCAAGACAAAGAGGACGCCAGAGCGGCUAACCUAGCAUUAGGGGUCGGGCAGGAGGAGCGUUUUUUUAAUAAACUCGAAGAUGACGUCAGUCGGAUUAUCCAACAAGAGAAGAGACGUGAGCAGUACACAAACAGCCAGGGACAGGAAGUCAACACCUCCACAGAACACGAACCAGACCCUCGAGCAGAGCAGCUGAAGUACGAGCUGGAGAAGAAAGACCAGGAAAUCGAUAAGCUAAAGAAGACCAUCACACAGUGGGAGGGGAAGUAUAAAGAGGUGAAAGCAAGAAAUUCCCAGCUCCUUAAGAUGCUCCAGCAGGGAGAAAUGAAAGAUAAAGCAGAAAUCCUUCUACAGGUAGAAGAGCUACUACAUAUAAAAGAAGAACUGUCAUCACAGGUAACAUUACUACACGGUGCCCUUGAACAAGAAAGGUCUAAAGUCAAAGGUCUGCAGACAGAACAACCUAAACAUCAGACCACAGAAAAAGCAGCCAGUCAGUCAGGUGAAGUGAGAAAAGGUUCAGUGGUAACAAGAAAGGGAAGAAGGGCACAGAGUCUGAUCUAUGAAGGUUUCAAAAGGAGAAGAUGUUAGGAGUAAAUAAACGAAUGAACAAAUGAAGAAAAACACGACUGAUCACUGUCAGGGUUCUCUUUCCUUAUUGAUUUUUCUUUUUCUCAUGUCAGCAUUAUAAUGCAUGCCCAUGUGAUCACACACACACACACACACACACUCCAGACAUAGCAGGUUGUAUUACACAGCUGAACAACAACAACAA